AUGUCGCUUUCAGAAGUUCCUACCCUUGAUUCCUCCACCACUACGCCUGAGACCUCCUCAGUCUCUACGCCAGAGACGAUCUCCUCCACCUCCUCGAACUGCACGAUCUGCCAGCAGCGAUCCCCGGCCGCCUACGUCAAACCCUCGACAGCGAUAUCGAUCCACCUCGAGCACCUCGUCCGCAGCAGCAUCCAAGCGAUCAACUCACGAGACUUCUCGAUCUACUCGAGUGCGUGGAGCUGCUACACGCCCGGUCUGAAAGUCGAAAGCGCGCAACCAGUGUAUCAAUGGCCGAACUGCAUAAGGAAGAACAUUGGUCUGAGGAGUCAUCUCAAAGGCCUUCAUUACAUCGCGUCAAGCAAUCCAGGCUUCUUUCUCCGCGUGCUAGAGGUGGAUUCACAAGUUCACGAGAAGGCGGGUCGCGCGACGGUCUUCGUCAACCUUGAAAACAUCGGCAAUCCCACGAACCUCGUAAUGGAAGGCGUGAUAAUUUUGGAGUUUUGCAUGAUGGGCGAAGAGUGGAAGUGUGUCAAAUUUACUGGCGCAAGGGGUAUAAUGUGA